UGACAGGCAAAUCAGUAUAAAUGCGAGCUUCAGAUGGAUCAAAAUUUUAGUUUCACAACCGCAACAUGGGUAAAUUGUUGCUCUUCGUCGCCCUGUGCGCCGUAUUCUUCAGUCUGAGCUCGGCUCUAUCCCGGUGUUGCCCUCGACAAUGCGAUCUCGCAUUUCGCUGUGAUCCCUUUUACAGGGAACCGGUGUGGAGUAUUGUCGAUGGAUUCUGCCGAGGCUUCCAGAAUAGCUGCAUAUUCUCAUCGGAGAACUGCAAUCGUGUGAACAGCUGCCAGAGGGCUUUGGUGAGGACAUCAAGAGAGGCGUGUAAGAAACGUUGCAUUCAGAUCUGCCCACUGGGGGGCAGUGGAGUCUGUGCCACUUUCGGAGAUACUGGCAGGGAAGGCGACCGCUUAACGAGCACCAGAACUUUCCUCAAUCGCUGCCUAUUGGAUCAACACUCCUGCGUAAACGGAAUACCAUAUAUCAGCGUAGAAGAGGGCGAAUGCAAGCAAUAAGUGCCUUAACUAAAAUUGAGUUGAGUCGAAGUACCGGAACUUGAAUAUUUCAUCAGACAAAAACGAAAGUGCACAGCUCUCGGAUGGCGCAGUGCGAACCGAUCACUUGUUAUUGACCCCCAACAACUGUUAAAGUAUUUUUAUAAAUUUUAUAAAA